AUGGGAUCAAUAACUGAAAGGAUAGUUUCCAUAGAAAUGUCUUACAAAUUUUUAUACUGUGGUAUUAAACUCAAAUAUAACUUCAUUUGUCAAUUGGUCAACACUUCCAACGAUGAAUAUGAAAUAGCAAUAGCUAUUUGGUGCUAUUAUUUUUCAAAACUAAUUGAAUUACUGGACACAGUUUUUUUCAUUUUACGAAAAAAACACAAUCAAUUGACAUUUUUACACAUUUAUCAUCACUCAUCAAUGUUUAUAUUUUGGUGGGUGGGUGCCAAGUUUGUACCGGGCGGGUCAGCCCUUACCGGAGCAAUGGUCAACUGUUUUGUUCAUGUAAUCAUGUAUUUCUAUUAUGGAUUGGCAGCAAUUGGACCAUCAAUUAAAAGAUUUUUGUGGUGGAAAAAAUAUUUAACAAUUUUACAAUUGAUGCAAUUCACAACAGGAGUAGUGUUAGGACUGAAUUCCAUAAUAACUAACUGUCCGUUCACUCGAUGGAUGCAAUAUGUCUUUGUUUGCUAUGCUUUCAGUUUCAUCGUAUUGUUUGCAAAGUUUUACCGAAAAGCUUAUGUCAAUACGGAUCAGGGUCUCAAUAAAUGGGAUGAUGUGGGAUAA